AUGAUCAAGGAGGAGUAUGAGAAGUAUUUGAAUGAAUCAUCGAAAGGAAGUUCAUCUUCACAAGAGUUGAGUAUUCCUGUCAAACAAUGGAAAUCUCUUCCAAAGGCAAAGGUUAUCGAGAAACAAGCUGAGAAGCAAAAGGAAAAAUUUAAUGAAGAUUUUAAACCAACGAAUAAUUACUUUUCUAAUUGUGCCAUUGAUGCCGAAAUUAAUCUUGAUGAUAAUCACGUGCCAGAAGCGUCGAAACAUUCGGAUGAUUCCACACUUACACAGGAUAACAAUGAUUUGAUGAAUGAUCAAGUUGAAGGGGAGCCUAAUUUUGAGGGGGAAAGAGAAAGAAUGGAUGUUGAUGUUAAGGGGGAGCAUCAAAAUAUUAUUCCAAUUGUUGUGGGGGAGGAAGUUGGAAAUAAUACAAAUGUUUCAAAUGAUCAAACUGAUGCUUUUCAUGAUAUUAAUGAGAAUAUUUCAAAUGCAGGUGAAGGAUCUGAAACUGAAGAAAUGUUCGAAGAUUCAUCAUUAGACUUUGAUCCUGCAUAUCCUCCAAUGGAUAGAUGGAUUAAAAGUCAUCCAAAAGAACAAGUUUUAGGUGAUCCACAUGAAGGAGUGCUUACAAGAGCUCAAUUACAUGCAAAGAAUGAGAAGAGGCAUGAUAAAGACAUAGCCAAGCACAUUUCUACGAAACAAAAGAAAAACAAGAAGCAAAGGAAGUUGGUAUUGCAUGAAGAUUCUACUGAUGAAGAGGUGGUUCCUGAAACACCAAUCACUGAGAAAUUGGGUCAUAAUUCACCGGUGAGGGAUUCUCCAUCUCAAUCAAUUUUCGAGGAGACUAGAAAUCUUUAUGGCAAUAUGGAAACAUCGAUAGUGGACACAACCAUUAAUCACGGUGAACAACCAAAGCAAUCAACUCCUGAGCAGACACCGAUCAUACCACCCGAAGUUUCGAAUACUGAGUUAUUUAAGGAGGAGGUGUGA